AUGUCUGAAGCAACCAAGAAUUCAGUUUCUUUCGAUCCAUCACAGCUAGUUUUAACUUCUGGUGCAGCCUCUGCCAUAGAGAUUCUUUCCUUCUGCUUAGCUGAUUCCGGAAACGCCUUCCUUGUUCCUACUCCUUGUUCACCUGGAUAUGACAGGGAUGUUAAGUGGCGAACAGGAGUGGAACUCAUACACGUUCCCUGUAGAAGCGCGGAUAAUUUCAACAUAUCAAUGCUAGUUCUCGAUCGAGCAUUCUACCAAGCCAAGAAAUAA